AUGAAGGCCCUGAAACCAGCGCCCAAGCUGAGUGGCAACACCAAGACGACGUCCAAAACAAAACGCACAACUUCUCGUGGCAGGACUUCGCGGGCUGCGAUGGAGAUCAAGCAUGCAAACUCUGCAGAGCUACCGACAGCGCGUGUGUAUACUCGGCCAGAAGGCGAGAAGCGAGAAACUAGUGACUACUAUCAAAUGCGCGAGGUCACCGAUGUCGCCCUGCAGAGACUCUAUUGGGCCUGUCGAAGAAGGACCGGCUUUCCGGGGGACAUCCCAGACGAGUCUCAGGGAGAGGUCUCGACGGCCGACAUCCUGAAGGGGCUCGGCCUCUUGACGCCUGAUCUCGACGACCCAACCUUUCUGGGCGAGGUCGGACGAUCGACGCCCUUCUUCCACGCCAGCAAAGGGCAGAGGCAGGGACAUAUCCAGAGCACGACCGCGCGCCGCGAGGGCGAGGAAGUGGAGAAGCGAUCGGUUGCCUCGACCGAUUCUGCGUCCAGCAGCCCGCGCACAUCCAAUGAGCGGGUGCUGGCGACGAGCACCACCAACACCAGCACCAGCAUCAGCCUGCCCCUGGAAUCUGAGGUUCACACGCCGGCCGAAGAGAUGGACAUGAAGGCGCAGUUUGUGCUGGCGUCCUCGCUCUCGCCCGCGCCACGCACGUCCGGGCCCGCGAGGACACGGGCGUUUCCUUCUCACGACGCACAGGCGUUCUUUCACGGGCCGCACGCCGUGGACCCGGAACCGCAGCUGGACGUCGACGCCUUUCUCGACAUGAGUCUGUGCACCGCGCCGACGACGCAACCAAUCCCCUCGUUUUACGGCCCGUCAAUGUCCUUCAGCGUGCCGACGAUGGCCACCCUGCAUCAAUUCCCCUACGGACAGGCCCACCACCCUGCGCGCCACCCCAUGUUCGAUCCCUAA